UGUUGUUGUUGUGACCGACAAACAGUCAAUCGUUUAUUUAUAUUUGUACUCCGAAAUAAACAAAAGAUUGUUUAAUUUCUCUUUGGCGAUGGCGAGUUUGGAUGAAAAGUGGGAAGCUGUGGACAACUUUAAGUCUGUUGUGGUAGAUCGUGAAAGAGAUGUUGUUCGAGUGACAAAAGAACUGUAUGAUCUUCAUAGCAACAGAGAACAACUCAGGGGUGUAACGAGUAGUUGCGACUAUCGCUUGACGAUACCAUUUGCUCCGCAUCUGUUUGGUUCUGGCAAGACUACGUUUUGUCAUAACUAUUUGGAGUUGGUGCGAAGGUUUGGUGAAACUUUUCUGUCGACUUUUGCUUCGGACCCUUUGAGGAGAACCUUUUUGGAGAAGCUGAAAAGGGCUUCGUUGCUCUUUGUGGAUUUGAGGGAGUUGAAGCCCACAGAACCGAAAGAACGCAACCUAAAGUGGGCAGUCUACUAUCGAAUGAUAGAAGCGUGUUGCACUUCUGUUGGACAAGAACCAGAGGAUGAAGAAGUAGUAUUUAAAGAAUGCCGUACACGUCCCUAUAAGUUAGUUAGGAAACUUCGUUCCAUCUUAAACAUUACUUCCGAUCAAUAUCUUUUGGUAGCUUUUGAUGAAGUUGGUGUUUUGGAUACGAAUGGAAUUCUUUUUGAACUGGAGAAGAACGAAAAAGGUGUGAUUCGACCUUACAAUGACUUUUUCGGUAUCAUUAGUCAAUUGUGCAAAGAACCCGACUUGUUUUUUAUAGUUGUUGGGAAAAGCAAGGGUUUAAGUAUUAAGAAUGAUGUGGCUUUUGGGCUAUCGAGAGUUAUACUACAUUUUAUCCCUUUAUCACCUUUGGACGCUUGCAGUAUCGUUGAAUUCCUUGGAAAAAGUCUUCUAAAGACACCUACUCAAGUUCCAGUUUGUAAUGUCUUAUGUAGUUCUUCAUUUUCAGUAAAUGAAUUGGCAGACUCAUUAUUGGAAUGUACAGGUGGAGUUCCUGGUUUGUUGACUCGUGCAGUGAAUAUGCUUUUGAAUUAUGUAAUAGCAAGAAACCAGCCUUUCAUAUCGAAAGAAGAAUGUUUGAUGUGUAUGAACGACUACGAUUUCCGAAUAAUUUGUGCUGAACCAUUUGUGGAACGAAUAUUGAAUUUGGACGAAGAUAGAAGAAGUGUUUUUGAUAUGCUUUUGAUGAUGGCACUUUAUCGUAUACCGUUUCCAGUAGAUGACAUAUUGACCUCGGAGUCUUAUCUAUUUGAUGCCGUAACUGAAAUGGGACUAUAUCGAUAUCCUGUUGACCAGAAUACUUUCCAAGUCCUAAUUCCAAAAGUAUUUAUUGUAAUCUUCAAGAACGACCCUUCCAUAUCUUCUUUGGAAAAGAUACUUCUUGGAUCACUUGAUGUAGAACCAGUAGAUUGUUUCUUCUAUUCAAAGUGUCGUGUAUUUGAAGGAAUUGUUGCUUUACGACUAGUUUUGAUGUUGUCUUAAAUGAGUUGAGGGAAUUGUUGUGUCAA